AUGGUGGCCCAAUUCGACCUUGAAUUGGAACAGAUGGAUCUGAAGACUGCGUUCUUGUAUAGUGAUCUAGAUGAAACAAUUCUGAUGAGACAACCUGAAGGGUAUGUCGAAAGGGGGAAGAAAGAUUGUGUGUGCAAACUGAAUAGAUUUUUAUAUGGACUGAAACAAUCUCCUCGACAGUGGAAUAAGAGAUUCGACAAGUUCAUGGCACACAUAAGUUUCAUCAGAAGUCAGUUCGACCAUUGUGUUUACUUCAGAUUUCGACCGGAUAAUUCAUUAGUUAUUUUGUUGCUCUAUGUGGAUGAUAUUCUAAUAGUAAGCAACAAUGUCGAAGAGGUAAUGAGGGUGAAGGUUGAACUCAAUAAAGAGUUCGACAUGAAGGAUAUGGGAGAUGUGUCUAGGAUUCUUGGGAUUGACAUUCAGAGAGAUAGAAAGCAAUCGAAAUUAUGCUUAUCUCAAUAG